UGUUUGCAUUUUUCGUUAUCUUCUCCUCCGUCUUGUUCUAAGUUCUAACCCUAGCUGGGAACAACUCUCUCGCACCUCUAUCUCAUUCUCUGCCUCUCACUCUUCUUCUUUCUCUCUUCAAUUCUUCUCUUUUUUCUCCAAAAUCUAAUCGGGAUAUCAUUUUCCCACUCAACGCGGAUUUUAUAUUUUCCCGUUUUUCCCCAAAUUCUCAGAUCUCAAACUGCUCUUGUUUUUUUAAUUUAUCAAAUUGUUAAAUUAGGUUAAAAUUUCAACAUCAAAAUUAUCGUUUCACGUUUUUUCUCUCCCGAUUUUUGCAUUUCAGAGAUAGAUAGAAGUCGAUUCCAUCACUAUUUUGAUUUGAACCGACAAUACAAACCGUUAGAUUAAGCGUCAAAACUUCGAAUUUCGAGUGUCGUUAGAGUUAUAGUCAUAGAUUAGUACUGUAUCAUACAUCGAAAGCUGGUUUUGUUGCUGCUGAAUCGUUGUUAACAAUGGUUGGGGGUGGAAGCAGAAGGGACGACGGUUCAUUGGUAAUUAGCAACACGAACGUUUUUGCGGCGCUUGAUACUCUGAAGAAGAAGAAGAAAUCGGAUAAGGAACGAAAGAGUAAGGGUUCAUCCAAUUCCAAAUCGGUGAAAUUGGAAUCUGAAUCAGAAUCUCAGGUGUUUUGGGCUCCGGCACCAUUGAACGCGACUUCGUGGGCCGAUGUGGAUGACGAUGAUGAUUAUUAUGCCACCACUGCACCGCCUCAAGCUGUUUGGAGUGUUUCUGAUUCUCAAACCAGUAAGGACAAACAAGAGAUUUUUGAGGAUACAGAGAGUGAGGAUGAUAUUUUAGAUGAAGGGGAUGAGGAGGAGGAAGAGCAAGAUCAUGAACCGGAACCAGAGCACACUGUGAAACCUGAACCUGAGGAUAAGAAGCAUGCUGAAGUUCCUGUAGCACCAAAGGAGGCAGAACGACAGCUGUCCAAAAAGGAAAGGAAGAAAAAGGAACUUGAAGAGCUUGAGGCUCUUUUAGCUGAUUUUGGAGUCACACAAAAAGAAAGUAAUGAUGGGCAAGGUCAACACGAGUCACAAGGAACACCUCAGGAUAAGAAAGGUGUUGAAGCUGAUGGAGAUGGGGAAAAGAAAGAAAUCCCUGCAGAGUCAAAGACUGCCAAGAAGAAGAAAAAGAAGGAUAAAGCUUCCAAGGAGGCGAAGGAAUCUAAUGGUCAGACCAACAGCUCAGAAACAAACAACGAGCCUGAUUUGGCCUCUGGCACUGAAAAUGCAGAUGAGGAUUCAUCUGUUGUUGAUGUGAAAGAGCGUCUUAAGAAAGUUGCUUCUAUGAAGAAGAAGAAAUCUAAUAAAGAAAUGGAUGCUGCUGCUAGAGCUGCUGCACAAGAGGCUGCCGCAAGGAACGCAAGGCUUGCUGCAGCCAAGAAAAAAGAGAAGAACCAUUAUAACCAACAACCUGUGCGGUAAACCAACUUUGCUCCUAAACAUCAAUACAGGAAUUUGUAUUUCUUGUUUAUAUGAUGAUGCAGAAUAAAUAGUUGGCUUUAGGCUCUAGUAGGCCUGAGAUACUGUCUUUUGCUUUUUCUGGAUCAGUGUUGUUUAAGCGUUACAAACUAUUACAUUUUGGCACAUAAUUUUUAGCUUUAAAAAAUUACAUGAAUGACAUUAUUGUGCAUUGGAGUUUGUAUCUCGUGGCCGGUCAAAUACUUUCGAUAAGAGAAGUUGAAGUUUACUCUUGAAAGUGUUGUGUUAAUUCUAUCGAGUAAUGUAUACUUUAUGAAAUUGAUCCAAUUUGUUUAGCCGUUGUUGUUU